CAAAGGGGAUCAUGGAGAAUCCUUUUUUGGGCAAUUUUGGUUGAAGCAUUCUUGAUGAAAAUUAGAGUCGAAAAUGGUAGAAUCAGAGGCCUGAACUAUUUCUUCAGCACCUAGCCACGUUAAAUCUGAAGCAUCUAGUGUUCGAAAAAAGACAACAAUCAAAACGUUGAAAUCGUAAAGUAAAUAUCUGGAUUUCGAUGUCAUCAAAUACCAGAUCUUUUCUGGUCAGUAUAUACUCGAGCAGGAUGCAACAGUCGUCAGGAUUUGAACUAAGGCCCUCUUUAGUGACGAUCCUGCAUCCCUCCUCUGCAAGUUGCACUCUGUUGUACUGUCACUCGCGCCGUUUAUUCUUGCCUAAAUCUGGUAUCCGAUAAGAUCAAAUUCAUGAAAGUCUACAUGACAGUGGUGACGAUGAUUUUGAUCGUCAGAUCUCUUCAAUGCCAAAUCUUGGUUUCUGCAAAACCAUCAAAUCUGACAAUCUAUCGCUCUCCUUGACACCCAUGCUGCUCCACUGUAAGCUCCCACUACCACCGCCACCACUACCACCACCGGAACUCGCACCUAAAUGGGGAACGUCAGCCAUCUCCAUCUCCCAUCAUCCAUGUCUCCUCCUUCUAGAGAGAUGCAGGGACAUGGGGACACUCAAAGUGAUCCAUGGCAACAUGAUCAGGCACCAUCUGUCCUCACUUACCUUCCCCAUCAGUCGCGUGGUGGCUUUCUGCGCAAUUUCGCCACACGGCAGCAUUGAGUACGCCCGCCUCGUCUUCUCUCAGAUUCAGAAUCCCAACACCUUCAUCACCAACACCAUCAUCCGGGGCUACGCCAGCAGCGCCACCCCUGAGCUUGCUCUUGACUUCUUCCGAGAAACGCAGGAGUCGGGAGCUGGAUUCGACCACCACACUUUCACGUUUCUGAUCAAGGCGUGUGCCCGACUGGGAUCGCUCCCUCGGGGUCGGGAAACUCACGGCCGGGCGAUCGCCGCCGGGCUUGGCGGAGAUGGUUUUAUCCAGAAUGCGUUAAUUCAUAUGUAUUCGAGUUGUGGCGAUCACGCGGCCGCGAAAAAAGUAUUUGAUGAAACGCCUCAGCGAGACUUGGUGUGCUGGAACACCAUGAUCAAUUGCUAUGUGCAAUCUCAAGAUUACACUCAGGCGCUUGUUAUGUUCGAGCGGAUGGUGGAUGCCGGUGUGGAGCCAGAUGAAGUGACCAUGGUGACUGCACUUACUGCCUGUGCCCAAGCAGGGAAUUUGGAAACAGGACAGCGGCUCCAUUCAUGGAUAAUAGAGAGACGACUGAAGCUUGGAGUGGUCCUACAAACUGCUUUGGUUGAUAUGUAUGCAAAGUGUGGCUGCUUGACAAUCUCAAGGAAAGUCUUCGAUGAAAUGCCUCAAAGAAAUUUGGUAACUUGGAAUUCAAUGUUGGCUGGAUAUGCUCAAAGUCGGAUGAGCAAGGAAACAUUGAGCCUAUUUGAAGAUAUGUUGAUCUCUAAGGUGAAACCUAACGAGAUCACCAUGCUCAGUGUGCUGUCUGCAUGUGCUGAUUUGGGUGCAUUGCUGCAGGGGAUGUGGGCACAUGUUUACCUGGAGAGGAAAAAGAUCCCCAUCGAUGAGUUUGUGGUGACUGCACUUAUUGACAUGUACUCGAAAUGUGGCAGCAUUGACAAUGCAAAAAAGGUAUUUGAAUCAACUUCAAAGCGGGAUGUAUCGGUCUGGACUGCCAUGAUCACUGGGUUAGCCAUGCAUGGGCAUGCAAACGAUGCUCUGGAGAAGUUUUCUGCAAUGCAACUCGCAGGGGUGAAGCCCAACAGAGUGACAUUUGUAGGGGUUUUAUGUGCGUGUAGUCAUGCAGGCUUAGUUGACGAAGGGCGUAGGCUUUUUAGAGCAAUGAGGAGUCAGUAUGGUCUUGUACCUGAUAUGGAGCACUACGCUUGCAUGGUUGAUCUCCUGGGCCGUGCUGGGUUGCUCCAAGAAGCAAAAGAAUUCAUAGAAGGAAUGCCGUUGGAGCCAGACAGGUUCGUCUGGGGAGCUCUACUGGGUGGCUGCCAGGUUCAUGGCAACGUGGAGCUGGCUGUGGAUGUCGGCGAACGACUGAUUGAACUAGACCCAUCAAACAGUGGUGUAUAUGUUCUGCAAUCAAACAUGUAUUGCUCUGCUGGUCGAUGGGAAGAUGCAGUCAGGGUGAGGAAGAUGAUGAAAAAUUCAGGAGUGAAGAAACCUCCUGGUUGUACGUUCAUAGAAAUGGGUGGCCUCGUUCAUGAGUUCAUAGUUGGAGAUAAGACACAUCCACAAACCAAAGAAAUCUACCUUAUGUUAGAUGAGAUGAGUAGGAGGUUAGAAAGGGUGGGUUAUAAGCCAAAUACAUCUAAAGUGCUUCUUGAUUUGGACGAAGAAGAGAAAGAAAAUGCACUUGCUCGACACAGCGAGAAGUUGGCAAUCGCUUUCGGGCUCAUCCACUCAAAUGCAGGACAGACUAUCCGUAUGGUGAAGAACCUCAGAGUUUGCAGCGACUGUCACCAAGUGUCAAAGUUAGUAUCGAAGAUCUUUGGAAGAGAAAUUAUUGUUCGCGACAGAACUAGGUUUCAUCAUUUCAAAGAUGGAUCAUGUUCUUGCAAUGAUUAUUGGUGAGUGGCGCAAAUGAAUCAUGUUCGAAAUCAGGAACUAAUGUGACUGGCAACAGAUACAGCAAGCCAAGAUAGGUUUGGAAAACCAGCAGAAAGCACAGCGGAGAAAUCACACACAAUCUUCUAAAUAAAUUCCAUUUGCGGACUAUACACAUUGGAUUAUCAUUUGCAAGGAAGUUCAGGUGUGUGAGAUUAAAAUGGUGAAGCUUGACUGUCCAACCUCCCACUUGUUUGUGGGACGAAUUUAGCAUGGUGUUCUGAAGUGAUGAAUCUAUAAUUUGAAUGCGUCUUUUGUCUAGACGUUGUUGUGGUCUCUUAUCAGACCAUGGACCGGGUCAGAAUUGUCCGCAGAAAAAAUAUCUCGUGAAAGGUGAAGUCAUUAGAUGAAACAAGUUAAAUCAAAUAGUACGUUCUUCAAUUCUAAAGCUUUGUAUGUGGAAUACAAUUUUUCCGCGGUACUAUUAUGUAUAUGAACAUCAGUGAUCCAAAUAUAUGAAGGAUUGAUUA